AAUGUCAAACAAUUUGGCAUGAGCUUUCCAGUUCGGCGGCGGGUUGUUUUCUCAGCGUUUUAUAGCAAAACUAACACAAAUACCACAAAAUGGCAGGUGUACUAUUCGAAGACAUAUUCAACGUAAAGGACAUGGAUCCCGAGGGCAAGAAAUUCGACCGCGUCAGUCGUUUACACUGUGAAUCAGAGUCGUUCAAAAUGGACCUGAUUUUGGAUAUUAAUUCUUGGAUAUAUCCGAUGGAGCUUGGGGACAAGUUCCGUCUGGUGCUGGCGACAACGUUGCGGGAGAACGGGUACCCGGACGGCGGGGAGUGGAACCCCCUGGACACGGAAGGAAAUCGCGCGGAUAGCUUCGAAUAUGUCAUGUCGGGCAAAGUUUAUAGGAUAGAAGGUGACGAGGCAGCGAUGGAGACAGCGUCCCGCCUGGCUGCCUACGUGUCAUUCGGGGGGCUGCUGAUGCGGCUGCAGGGCGACGCCAACAAUCUCCACGGCUUCGAAGUCGACCAGCACAUGUACCUGCUGAUGAAGAAGCUUGCUUUCUAAAUGAGUCAUAAAAGCUGUCGGGUUUUUGAGGUCGAAUUUUCUUUCUUUCAUCUUGUUCACGGGUAACCAGAGAGAUGCAUGUAACUGCAUCGAAAUAUCGGGAGCUCGAAAACAAUACAAAGGGUACUGAUUAUAUUUUCACGAUUUGACUUAUUAUUAUUCACAACGACGGGACUUAAUCGCGUAAAAUAAGUUUUAAAUUUACCUCCGACCUUUCGAGGACGGCGUUGUCCCCGUGGUCUCGGAAAAGACUGGCUAAAGUUGACAUCAACAUCUUCUAGCCGCGCGAGUUUUUCGUACUACCCGCACUUGGUCUUGUUUUAUUAACUUGAACGUUUGAGUUUUCUCCGAGAUCACGGGGACAACGCCGUCCUCGAAACGUCGGAGGUAAAUUUAAAACUUAUUUUAAGCUAUUGUCCCGUCGUAAAUAAUAAUGAAUACAAAAGGCAAUUACAGUCCAUAUCCUGGUCAACAUGAGUAUAGUGAAACUAACCGUGAAUCAUUCAAAACCGUUAAAGUUUAUGUUAAUUUCGGUUAAGUAUCUAUGUAUGUCACUAAAUUGCACAUAAACAAGUUUAUACAAAAUAGACAUAACAAUGUAAAAUAUGUAAGUCAAAUUUCUGUGCAUGAUGGGUGUUAAAUCGUCACCACUGUGUGCAAACUGUCAGAAGACUGAUGACUUGUCUCACGUGUUGUUGGAAUGCGUCCGGAAUUCGGACUUUAGAAAAAGAAUUUUUGGUAGUCUGGGCUCCAUGCACAAUGGACAGAUCAAUUGUUGGUUGGCAGAGCCUAUAUCGGACAAAGCAAUCAGUGUUUACCACUUUAUUGACCUCUCCCUUGAGUAGGGAACUAUGAUAGCACCCAUGAGGCUGACAUGUUCACCUAGAGUGUCCAAAGCCUCCAUAAAAACCAGAUAAAAAAAAAAAAAAGUGUACUGUCCGCGCUCUAAUUCCGUGCAUUCGGAGGUCGAGGAAGUGGGGGGGUGUGCGCCGCGCCCGUACGUACAAAAUGACACUACUCUGUGAGGACACCCAACAUUCCUAACAUUCCUGAGCCGCGCACGGAAUUCGCGCGCGGACAGUAUGUACAAAGGCGUACUACCACAUUUUUUUUGUAACUCAUAGGAACAUUUUUAGUACUUAUUUUGUGCAGAACAGGGAACUCAUCCAAAUUUUAUCGAAUUAUGACGAAAAAAAAUUCGACAAAUAAAAAAAUGGUCCAUCUAUGAUAUAAAAAAGAGGUUUUAAGAUUAAGGGUAUCCUUUUGUGAUCCUCACAUCUUUAAUUUGUAAGGUUAGUAUAAUAAUAAAAUGGUAUAUUUUUA